AAGUGCGUUGUUUACGCCUACGCUUGAUUCAAGAUGGCUGCUGGGGACAACAGCGGCAGGCCUCCUUGCCUUAAUUUCUCUGGUCCGGGUCCUUUGGGAAACAGCCAGCCAAGCAACAGCGUUUUCUCCAUGCCAGCAACAAACGGCGGUGCGGUCGGAGCGGCUGGGGGAGCACAGGGAGCCGCCAGGCGUCCCAACCCGCAACUGGGGCCUGGCGGGGGAGACAGCAACGGUGUUUCGACCGGAGCCCCACCGACUGCGCAGAACUCCCUGCAGCAGUCCGCUGCGGCAGGUGCUGCGGCAGGUGGAGCUAUGGCCACCCCGGCGUCCAACAUGGCAACCACCGCAGCGUCGAACGCUCCCCAGGCGGCAGCACCGACCGCCACCCCGGCAGCUGCGUCAGUGCUGGUGUACCGAGAGCCGGUGUACAACUGGCAGGCGACGAAGAGCACCGUGAAGGAGAGGUUCGCCUUCCUCUUCAACAACGAGGUGCUCAGUGACGUUCAUUUCUUAGUGGGCAAAGGAAUGGGGGUUCAGAGGAUACCUGCGCACAGGUAAGAGCAUUAUGUGCACAAACCUUAAAACGCCAGCUGUGUAUCUCGCUCUGCAACGUGACGCGGAAACGCUGAACUGUUGACUCUUGACUCUGUCAGGUUUGUUCUGGCUGUGGGGAGCGCAGUGUUUGAUGCCAUGUUUAACGGCGGUAUGGCGACCACCUCAACAGAAAUCGAGCUUCCUGAUGUGGAACCAGCUGCUUUUCUAGCUCUCCUGAAGUAAGUGCUGUCUGUGUCACUGUCAGAAAGCGGGUUAGUUAUCUAUAGAUCUGCAAGUGCUCGAAGUAGCCGUGCACUUCAAUACAAUUUCCUUGCAAUACCCACAUAAGAAGAAGAACAACUAUUUACAGCAAUGCAACGUUAAAAUGGUAGGUAGUAAAUUUCAGUGUUCUGUGUUGCAAGAAUAGCAUCUGUCAAAAAAUUAUUCACAACAAAUCUCUGUUAUUAGGAACACUUUCCAAAAUAACACACAAUCCAAAACACUGUCAUCAACAACUGUCUUCAAUAACAAAUCUAAAGUUUAUUAAUCACCUAUGGGAUCAUAACAACCACAUUAAAGUAGCAUCUUGACAGUAGAAAUUGCAUCAAACCUGUUGUAUUGUAUUGUGUUAAGAGUGCCCAGGUGGUUAUAAUAUUAUGCACAGACAUAUACAGAUUUUCACAUAAAUCACUUUUAUUUGUCUCUGAAUUAUUGAUAAUUGGAUUCUCAGUAAAAUUAUUAAAUGUUUCAUAGUUAAUGGAUUAUUUUCAUAGUUUGAUCAUCUUAGUUUGAGAUUAAACCAAAAAAGGAUGAGAACCACUGUUUACAGGAGUGUUGAAGGGAUAUUCCAGCAUAAAACUCAGUUAGGGUCAAUAGUACAUAUACAUAUAUAAUAAUAAUAGUACAGUACAUAUAGGGUCCCAGCCAUAGUACUAGCCACCAAACAUCUUUUUAGCUUUGACUGAUUUCUUGUUUCACACAACUCACCUACUCUCUUCCAGCAGCCGCUUGUUUGUACGGAGACCUCCAGGCGAGUCCAUUGAGUGCAACAGGGGUGACGCAGCCCGAGGAAGAACAUUUAUGAUCAUUACUUUAUCAUUUCCUUGAAGUAAUAAUCAUCAUUAAUUGUUUUGCACUGCAGACGCAGUAGUUCUUCUGUCUUAGCAUCUCGGUCUGAUUGCAUUUCCAUGAAGAAAUGAUCAGAAAUGUUCUUCCUUGAGCUGCGUCUCAAUGGACUCACCCAGAGGUCUCCGUACAAACAAUCAGCUGCUGGAAGAGAGGGUGAGUUGUGUGAAACAAGAAAUAAAGGCAAAGUUAAAAAGAUGUUUGGUGGCUAGUACUAUGGCUGGGACCCUAUAUGUACUGUUGAUGAAGUUAGGUGCUGUUCUGAGCAUUGUUUAUGGCUAUAGAGUGGCAUUUUGGUUGAGCGCGUGGCUUUCUGUAUUGCUAUCUGCGGUCGUUGCUAAAGUUGGUAAAACUAGAGAAGCAAGCAGUCGGCAACAUUCAUCUCUUGACGGGGUGUCUAUCUCGGUGUUACAAUGUGUUUGACCCUGAUUAAAAUGGUAAUGUCUUAUGUUAACUUUGUACAUCCUGCAGGUUUCUCUACUCUGAUGAAGUCCAGAUCGGUCCAGAAACAGUGAUGACUACGCUGUAUACAGCUAAAAAGUACGCAGUUCCAGCCUUGGAGGCUCACUGUGUGGAGUUCCUCAAGAAGAAUCUGAGAGCUGACAAUGCUUUCAUGCUGCUCACACAGGUCUGUCUCCCAACACUCAUGAUUACUUACUGGGGACGUUAUUUGCUGAUCAGUCUGUAGAACUGCUUUUACUGUCUCCUUUUCAACACCUAUUCAUACAGCAGAAAACUGCAGCUCCUAAUUCCACUGCCCUCAGGGUUGAUCACUGGGGUGUGCCUGAACUGCAAAGCUGAGCAAAACAGCUAAACUUUUUCAAUCUUCAAACUGAAAUGUGACCUGUGCUUUAACAACUGCAUUAACAUCACCAAAACAAUACUGUCACAGCACAUCUAGUACAUCCCCAUGAGAAAUAUUAACAUGUUUGACACAAUAUUCAUCCUCUGCAAAAGAACAUCAAGUUUUCAAAUUUUAUACAAAUGGCAACAAAUCGCCUCGUCCCAAUAAAAAAAUCUAAAAGUUACAAAGUCCUGGUUUAAAAAGGAAACUAUCCUAUCAGAUGGAGAAAAAGAACAGCUGACACUCAGCGCUUGUCAUAUACUGACACUUGGAGCACUGGACACAUUUUGGUCUGUGGUCGGAUGAAGAAUUGAGAGUUAUCAAUUGAGGACCAAGCCCUGCUCAUAGAUUCAUAAUGUGUUUAUCUUUCAUCUGGAGUUUUAGAUUUGUAAAAAAGCAUGUUUUAAAAACUGUUCUUUAAACUUGAGUGUGUUUUUGUUUCAGGCCCGGUUGUUUGAUGAACCUCAGCUUGCGAGCCUCUGUUUAGAAAACAUUGAUAAGAACACUGGAGAUGCUCUUGCUGCUGAAGGCUUCACAGACAUAGACUUGGGUAAUUCUGCCUUGUCCUCAUCAUGAUUACAUGUUGUUCUCUAGCGUGCCCAGCUGUUACAUAUGCUUAUCUCUCACCCUGCAGAUACGUUGGUGGCAGUGUUGGAGAGGGAUACUCUCGGGGUGAGGGAGGUACGUUUGUUUGGUGCUGCAGUGCGUUGGGCAGAGGCAGAAGCUCACAGGCAGCAGCUGCAGCCCACACCUGAAAACAAGCGCAAGGUCCUUGGGAAAGCUCUCACACUUAUCCGCUUUCCACUCAUGACUAUUGAGGAGUUUGCUGCAGGUGAAUAUAGACACAAUAAAGCCAACACCGUAUUUCCCUGCCAUACAUGCUCUGUUUAUUUAAAAACACAUCCUUUCACAACUCAAGUUCUUGCCAUUGUUCCCUUCAGGUCCAGCCCAGUCCAGUAUUCUGACUGACCGAGAGGUGGUGAGUCUCUUCCUCCACUUCACAGUAAACCCAAAGCCUCGUGUAGAUUUCAUCGACCGGCCUCGCUGUUGCCUCCGCGGAAAAGAGUGCAGUAUCACACGUUUCGGACAGGUGGAGAGCCGCUGGGGUUACAGUGGGACAAGCGACCGCAUUCGGUGAGUGAGGAACAGAGCAGUCUGACAGAAGUGCAGACUUUAUUUUACAUUUUUAAUUACAUAGAUAGACUUUGGUAAUAAUUAGAUUUCAAGGCAUAAUCAGUUCAAAAUCAGUUAGUAUUUUGCGUUGCACAAUGAUAGACUUAAAGCUUAGCAUGAUAAAGCAAAACAAAUGACUCUUUUGGAGUAGAAAGCAUGGCUGCAUUUGCACUUUCCUUGCUUCACUGACACUUACACUGAGGACAAAGACAUUUAUAUACUCAGUCGAUUAGUUUGUAAGAAACCAAACAAUAGCACUUCCAUGCCCAUAUGGAAAAUAUAUACCUACAUUAUACCCAUAGUGUGCCCAUCAAGGUCCCCAUUAUCUUAUUAUUAUUCUCAUUAAGAGAACCCAUUUUGUCAGAACCCUUAAAAUGAUUCAUGUCUAGCUAUCAUUAAGGAACACAAAACAGGGUGUCAGACUUUGUUGACAUGAUGUCAAAAGCCUUGAUAGAUCAUGCAAUCAUUAGACUCUUUAGCACAUGCAAUGCUUUCUUAAAGAAUUCCUGACCACAUCUAGUUUGGCUGCAUGUGUGAAUGCAAACGGCUGAAUUUGCUGGCUGCCCCUUGAUAAGUGUGCGUUAAGUCAGGGUGAGUCAAUGUGUGAACACAUUCAACAGUAAUGCCUGGAGCAUUCACCCAAAGCAAGAAGGCAGGGCAACAACUUUAAGCCCUGUUCCUCAGUUUUGUAUAUUUUCACAUGAGCAGAGUUUUCAGCUGUUGUUUGUCGUGCACAAAAACCCUGUAACAGCUUCAGUGAUAUAAAUCCAGAAAAGGAUACCAUGACAGAAGAUGAUGCCUCCUUGUGUACACACUGCCCAGCUGACACUCACCCCAACCGCUUUCACCACUAAGUGUUUUUCAAGUUACAGGAAUGUGAUGGAUAAUGUCCAGCUGUGAGGUUAAUGUGUGAACAGUGGGUUCCUGGAAAAAUCAGGGCCUUAAUCAACAAAAAUAAUCAAGACAUUGUCAGGAGUUCAAGUGUUUAAAGGGCUAGGAACUAGGAAGUAUGUCUGUUUGGAUUGAUUUAACCGAACACCACUUUGAUUCCCUCAAUGAAAAGCCAACAGGAUUUCUUCAUGGGUUUUUAGAUUAGUGCAGGUCAUAAGCUCUGUGGCAUGCAAAAGAUUGUAAUACCACAUAUUGUUUCUGUAAAACAACCUUAACAAAUGAGCUCUACUUUGAUUGUAACUGUGAACACACGUCUAGAACUAAAAAACUUUUGAUAACACCCUCAAAUUCAAGCUCUGCUAACUUGUUUAUUUGAUUUUAUUGUUUGGUUUAAUGUGAUUAUGUUUAAUGUCCCUGACAGACUGUAAAGUCCCAUUUAGCCAACUUUCUGCUAGCACUUUUUUCAAUACACAUGAUCUGAACUCAUGAGUCGGGAAUUAGUGUCAUGAAAAUCUCCAGAGCUUGUGGUGCCCGCCUCAUUUCAGGAUCUAACCAAAAGCUUAUUCAAAAACCUUGGUUACUUAAAAGCUAGGGGACAAAUUUAGACUCAUUUCUACUUUCAAGCAAAUUUUUGUAGAAGUCAAUCUGGAGCAUUUAUUCGUACCAGAGCAGAUUUACACCGCAGCACACAGAAAACAGUUUUUCCCAAUAUAAUAAAUGAAAAUGUCAGCUGUGAAAACAGGUCUUUUUUUAUCACUGGAAAACAGUUUGUACUCUUCUCCUCAUUGAUAAAUUCCUGUUUUGUUUUUCUCUCUCAGGUUCUCUGUAAACAGAAGGAUAUUUGUGGUUGGGUUUGGUCUCUACGGUUCUAUACACGGGCCCACAGACUACCAAGUCAACAUACAGGUGAGGAUCGAAACCAUUCAGAAAUAUGUGUCCUGUUUGAGUGUUUGUUGCAAGAAUGCUUAAACAAAUAUGUGUGUGUGUUUUGAACAAUCUUUCCCCAUCAAUGCAGAUCAUUCACACAGACAGUAACACGGUGCUGGGUCAGAAUGACACAGGCUUCAGCUGCGAUGGGUCAGCCAACACCUUCAGAGUCAUGUUCAAAGAGCCAGUGGAGAUAUUACCCAACGUCAAUUACACUGCCUGCGCUACACUGAAGGUAUGUUGUGGGGAAAAGCAACUAAGUUUGUUUUUUUAAUUGGUUCUUGUCCAUAAUAAUGUUGACAAAACUUUAAAUUUUCAUACAGCAUUAAGGUCCUAAACAACAGUCCAACGAUUUAAAUUAAUUAAUUUGUGAGACAAAAAAACUAAAGAGUUGAGAGCAUGAAGUAAAAGAUUUUUUUUCUUACAUGAUGUAAAUUUUAGAAAGUUGAAAUAGUUGCACACCAGAUUUGCCUGUGAAUUGUAUUUAUCCAUUUGCUUAACAUCAGUGUUUAUUUAAAGCUCAUUUUAUGUUAAACUAUUAUGCAUAGUUCUUAUCUUUAAAUAUCUAGGUUUGUAUAAGUUUUUUUACAACACACCCCCAGAGGAAUUAGUAAAUUCAUCUGAACUGAUUUGAAUAAACUCUCUGUCUGUCCUUCAGGGCCCGGACUCUCAUUACGGCACGAAGGGCAUGCGGAAGGUAACACACGAGUCGUCAUCCACAGGCACAAAGACGUGUUUCACAUUCUGCUACGCAGCAGGCAACAACAACGGCACUUCAGUAGAGGACGGACAGAUUCCCGAGGUGAUCUUCUACACAUAGUCGCCCCUCAUGUUCCAACGAUCUUCCAUCAAAUGUGACGAGAGCCUGACACCAGCAUGGGGCCACACCUCAGCAGCCGCACUGGGGACUCAAACUCUCAGACAUACUGCUCCCUCCAUGUAGUGAACUAAUUUUGACCAUGUGGGAGGUCAAGUAGCAUUUAAGCGAUGUAGGUCACUACAUGGGGCUUAGCUCAUCAUUUGGGAUGCUGUCUCUCUCUUUCUGCUGGCUUCCCAUGUCCCUUUGUCGUAUUAAUGUCAGCCUCUCAAUCAGACAUGACUAUAAGUGACUCCACAGGGGAAGGAGAGGAGGAGGAGAAGGAGGUAGGAGCCCCUCUGAAAAUUCACAGUUUCAAUGUCAUCGCUGUGGAUCGAAGUAUAGAACUUGACACUGAAUUCUCCUUAAGCUGUACAUUUCCCUUUCCUGUAUUCCACAGCAUUAGAGCAAAAGAGAGUUGCAACUGUAUGAAUGUACAGAAAAUCUGAUUUGCCAAGACAAGAUCCUCAUCACUGCUGAGUAGAGAGCAGCAUUUCACCCAAUUCUUCGUGAGAUGUAAGUUUCAUAGACUCAUAGGCUUAAUGGACUCUUGGCGAACUUGAACCUUUCAGUUUAGGCUAAACACCAUGAUUAUGGUAAGAAGUUUUUCGGGUUUCUACAUACAGUACAACCUGUGAUAUCUUGUGUCCUUGCUUGGUAGUUGCCUAUACUCAAGAUACCUUGCACUUCUCGGCCUUGCAUAUGUUAAUUUGGUUGUUCUAUGGAUGCACACUAACUCUGAAAAUAUGUUUCUUUUAAGCUUUGUUUUAAAAAGUGUGGGCAAGAGAUUUCUCUCUUGGUGCAGAAUUCAAGGGUUGUAUAUUAAAGUGGCAUUUAUUAACAUUAAAUAUGUAACUUGAAAUAACUAUUGAUUAAAGAGUGAGGAAAAAGAAC